AUGCAAUCCCAGGCUGACCCUUGUGUCUACCAUAGGUUUGUUGAUGGUGAUGCCAGUAAGUGCAUUAUCUUGAUUAUUUGGGUAGAUGAUUUACUUAUUUCUGCAAGUAACUCUGAUUUGUUACAAACGGUGAAGGGAAAUUUAAGUGAGAGGUUUAAGAUGAAGGAUUUAGGAGUCUUACAUUGGUUCUUGGGCACUGAGUUCAAAUGUUCUGAUGGUAUGAUAGAGAUGAACCAAACUCGCUAUAUUGAAAAGGUGUUAGAAAAAUUUGGAAUGAAUAAUUGUAAACCUAAGACAACCCCAUCUGUUCUUGGAUUUGACAAGGUUAUUGAUAUGGAAUCACCUGUCUUAGAGGAUCCCAACUCCUAUAGGCAGAUUGUUGGAAGCCUUAUUUAUGUCAUGACAGGUACAAGACCAGAUUUGUGCCACAUUGUGACAAAGUUAUCUCAACACAUGUCAAAACCUACGGCAGCAGCUUUAAAUGCAGCAAAGCAUGUUCUUAGGUACUUGAAAGGAACGUCUGUUUUAAGUUUAAAGUUCAGAAAAAUGAAACAACCUUUGGAGUUGAUAGGUUUUAGUGACUCUGAUUGGGGAGGUUGUGUUAGUGAUAGAAAGAGUAUUUCAGGUUAUUGUUUUCAACUGUCAGAAUCAGGACCUUUGGUGUCCUGGAAAAGUAAGAAACAGCAGACAGUUGCGCUGUCCACUUGUGAAGCCGAAUAUAUCGCACUGGCUGAAACUGUGCAAGAAGGUAAGUUUUUAAAGCAGUUGUGUAUUGAUUUAGGGAUAUUACAGGUAAGUAAUAAGGUGUUGAUUAAUGCUGAUAACCAAGGCGCGAUCAAGUUAGCAAAGAAUCCAGCAUUCCAUAAGCGGUCCAAGCAUAUUGACAUAAAAUACCAUUUUAUAAGGAGCGAAGCGCAGCAAGGCGCAAUAAGCUUAAGGUAUAUCGCAAGCGAGGAUAAUUUAGCGGACAUAUUCACAAAACCGGUAAGUAAAGUUAGGAUGGAUAAGUUCAAACAUUUUAUCUGUAAUUAGUUGUGAAGUAGGAGUAAAGUAGGCGAAGUUAGGACAUUGCGAGCAAGGGGGGGUGUUAAGUUGUGCUCUUAUGUAUUACGUAAUUUAUGUUAUUAAAGUAGAAACAAUUGUUAGUUGUAAUGUUAUUAGUAAUUGAUAUAUUAAGUUACAUAUAGAUAAAGAGCAAGAGACUCGUGACUAUAUUUGGUAA